AUGUACGGUUUCAUCUCCAGCGUUGCAGUUGCGGCUGCUCUGUGCCUCGCUUCUUCGGCCCUCGCGUUUGACAAUUCGCGCUCUGAUAAUCUUGCUGUCUACUACGGUCAGAACAGUUAUGGCGCGACCCACUCCGAUACCGCAAACUGGCAGAAGGCAUUGUCUACCUAUUGUCAGGAUGAUUCUAUCGACGCGUUCCCCUUAGCCUUCCUCCAUGUUUUCUUCGCAUCGGGCGGUUUGCCGUCAAUCAACAUGGCUAAUACAUGUAACACCAAUGACAACCCUGUCUUCCCAGGGACAGAAUUACCCAAUUGCUCGUUCAUGGCGGCGGAUAUCCAGGCAUGCCAGGCCAAAGGCAAGAUCAUCACUCUCAGUCUUGGUGGCGCGACGGGUGCUGCAUCUUUCUCCUCCGAUGCUCAGGCCCAGCAAUUUGCCGACACUAUUUGGAAUUUGUUCCUCGGGGGGAGUAGCUCAACUAGGCCGUUUGGCAAUGCUGUUCUGGAUGGUAUCGAUUUAGACAUCGAGGGUGGCGGAAGCACUGGUUUCGCUGCAUUUGUGAACCGCCUUAGGACACACACCAAUAGCGCCAGUAAGAAGUACUAUGUGACUGCGGCGCCCCAGUGCCCGUUCCCAGACGCCUUCUUGGGCGCCGUCCUCAAUGCUGUCGCUUUCGACGCUGUUUACGUUCAAUUCUAUAAUAACUUCUGCGGCUUGACUAACUUCAACAACCCUAAUGCAUGGAACUUUGCCCAAUGGGAUAACUGGGCCAAGACGGUAUCCCCGAACCGCAAUGUCAAAAUCUAUAUUGGAGCUCCUGCUGCACCGACUGCUGCAGGAUCUGGCUACGUCGACCCCGCCACUUUGGCUAGUAUAGCAGUACAGACACGAAACCAGUUCUCUUCGUUCGGCGGGAUCAUGCUUUGGGACGCCUCGCAGGCUUUCGCCAACAAUCGCUUUGAUAGAGCCAUCAAGAACGCGAUCAGGACCAGCGGUAGUGGCGGAGGGACUACCGCCCCACCUCCCCCUCCCCCUACGACGACUACUACGACGCGCCCGGCGACAACUCCCCCGGCGACAACUCCUCAACCAACUACCACAGUCGGCACUGGGUCUUGUGCUGGUGUCGCCUCGUGGGUUUCCAACAUUGCUUAUAUCGGUGGUUCCCAGGUAGUUUUCAACGGACACUUAUGGACGGCCAAAUGGUGGUCGCAGGCUGAUACACCUGGUGGCGCCGCUGGGGUGUGGACUGACAACGGGGCUUGCAGCAGCUUUGCUGGUGCACAUGCCAAUGUUUCGCAGUCGCUUGCCAUAUCCCACGUUUCUUCUUUGCUUUCUCAUUCUGUUGUUACGGCUGCCCCCAAAGCACAGGGCAAGUCUUCCGGCCCUGCAGCCCCCCAGUCGCCUGCCAUCUCCCAUGUUUCCGCCCUUCCUCAUUUCCCUUCUACGGCUGCUUCCGAAUUGCAAGCCAAGCCAGCAGGCCCCGCGGCUGUCGUGCAGACGUCAGCUCAAACAGAUGCCACGGGCAGUCCCAGGACUGUUAAUUCGAGGGUUUUCAGGCAUUAA